AAGAGACAGAGGGAGGGAGAGAGCGCGCUGCUGGAUGUGUGACAGGAAAGUUUCGUUGCUGCUCGGCUCUUCAGCAGCAGUCACAGCGCUCCGCUUCACUUCACCGUCUGAAAUGCACUUGACUGGACCGUGCGGGGUUUGCGGGACUGGAUCACCCUGUGAAGUCAUGGAGCUCCAUCUUCAUUUACCGACAGCGCGUCACUGAAGACACACAGUCGCACAACCGGGAGACGUUUUAUUUUUUAAAGGAUCAACUUUGGAACUAAAUGACAUUAGUUUACAUUUGACGCACCGCGGACACGAGGAUGGAGACGCUGUUUUACCUGCUGGCCUUCACGCUGGCCCGGGUUUGCUCGGGUCUGGGAUACGCCGAGUCCAGUAUUCAGUCGGGACAGAGAGCGGCCAGCAGACACAGGAACUGGUGUGCUUACGUGGUGACACGCACUGUGAGCUGUGUGAUGGAGGACGGGGUGGAGACGUACAUCAAGCCAGACUAUCAGCGCUGCACCUGGGGCCAGUGUCCUCGGGUUGCCUACCGGACAUACAGGAGGCCGAGGUACAAGGUAGCUUACAAGAUGGUGACAGAAAUGGAGUGGAAGUGUUGCCAUGGUUACUCCGGGGAGGAUUGUCACGAUGGGCCAAAGGGAACCACCAACACUCAGGUCAAUGGAGGACGACCACAAGUCACACAGACGGGCUACAGCACGGGGGGCGGACAGAGAGGAGAAGGUGACAGUGAGAAGAUCAGACAGCUGGAGGAAACGAUCCGUGGUCUGACCAAAGACCUCCAUAACAUGCAAACCACCAUCCACGGCAUCAACCAGAGGCUUCCUGGUCUGAGUGGAGCUGUCGUCCCUGCUGAUUCAGCUCAGCCACACAUGAAGGAAACCAUCAACAGCAUCCAGACCAAGCUGGACCAUCUCUACAACAGGACACAGGUCCAUGACCAGACCCUGCUCAACAUCAACAACCACCUGGUGAAUGGAGGGGGCAAUGAAUUGGACGGAGGAGGAGUAGGAGGAGGAGGAGGAAGAGGAAACCAGCUGAACACUCUAAAAGAGGAGAUACUGACUGAGCUGGAGACAAGAGUGACUCUGUCUUGCUCCGCCUGUCAGGCUGGUGUGGAGGAUCUGAGGCGGCAGCAGCAGGAGAACAGGGAGCGGAUCCAAGCCCUGGAGAAGCUGAUCAGCUCCAUGGACCAGAACCUGAGGCAGAGCAUGGACAUCUCCCGCAUUGAGACCCAACGCUCCCAGGCCUGCUGUGACACGGUCACCGAGCUGGAGAAGCGGCUGUCUGAUCUAGACGUCCGCGUCACCUCCACAGCCAACAAGUGUGACACCAUCAAAGGACGGCUGGAUAAGGAGCUGACAGGGACGGGUGGAGGAAAGGGAAGAGUGACGGAGGACAGGCUGAAUGGAAGACUGAGAGAAUUGGAGAAGAGGGUGAACAACACAGUGAGGAAGACAGAGCAGAGGUGCACCAACACCGGGAGCAACGUAAAGGACAGCGUCCAGAGAGAUGUCACUCAGCUGCGCAACAUGGUCCUCAGCCGGCUGGACGACCACAGCUUCAAGAUCGGCAAGAUCGAGCUGGACGUGGCUGUCCUCGGAGAUACGGUCACUGACCACAGCCGACGGUUAGGUCAGGUGGAGAAUAUCACAACCUUCCUGGACAAAAGGUUAACGUCAAUCGCAAACAUGUGCAAUGAGACGUGUGGGCCGAACGGAAAAGGCCGCAAGACUGACGACACCGUGAAAACCUUAGAGUGGAGAGUUGUGGCCAACCAAGAGGACAUCAAGAAGUUUAACACCAAGUUAGACGAUCUGUCCGUGUCAGGGGACUCGCUGAUGGACAGAGUGAUCAGCUUAACAGACGAUGUCAAAAAGAUAAUAGCCGUGACGGGGGACAGCGGUGAGAAUUUCAACCGGAUAGCCACAGAGGUUGAAACGCUGGCCCGUGGUUUUGAGGACUGUUCCGUUUGCAGCAGCGUAGAGAAGGACUUGCGCUCGCUCAGCAACUCCACCAUGAUUGGCCUCAACAAGUGCCAGACUGAACUGACAGAUCUGCGGAGAAAGGUGGACUCUGAGGAAUCCGUCUGCUCUCAGGUGUGCUCCAACCUUCAGGAGGAGGUCGGAAGACUCCGAGACAAAGUGGAGGAGUGUACUGGACAGUGUAAAGUCAACAUCAAUGAUUUGAAGAACCGCCUGGACGGUCACGGUGUCCACAGUGGAAAGUUAGGUGGGGAUCUGAAGUCCAUCCAAGGAGAGCUGGCUGGAUUCAUGGUCACUUUUAACUCCAUCAAUAACACUCUGAAGGGCCUGGGGAGGACUGUGCAGUCGCACGGGUACACGCUGACUGAUCUGACCAACACCAAGGACAACAUCAUUUCUGAGGUGGACAAUUUGCAGAGGGAGCUGACGGAUCAUGUUGAUGACUCGAAGACUCGAUUCGGCAGUCUGGGCAAAGAGAUCCAAAUAAUUAGGAGCAACUAUGCGACAGAGGUGGGGGAGUGCCGGCGGUCCAGCGAUGGCCUGGACACAAGACUCUCCAAGCUGGAGGGAGUGUGCGCACGCUUGGAUAUUUUUUCAGACAGCCUGGAGAGGAUCAAGGAGGGCCUGGACCGGCAUGUGUCUGGGCUGUGGAGCUGCGUUAAUGGACUCAACGUCACCGUAACGUCUCAAGGAGAUGUCCUCGACAAUAUCCAGAGCGUUCAGCUGGAGAACGUCCGCUCGGACAUACACAGACUGAACUCUUCAGUGGUGGACUUGACCAAUGAGUUCCACAGUUUCAUACAGCAGGAUUUCCAGGGUCCACCUGGUCUUCCAGGCCCUCGUGGAGAGAAGGGCGAGCGUGGAGCCCAAGGUCCUGUAGGACCCCAAGGGAGGGUAGGACCCCCAGGCAGAGAGGGCAGGCAGGGACCGGCUGGACCCCCAGGUCUCAGAGGUGAACAGGGUCUUGCUGGGUCUGAUGCCCACGUGCCACGCCUUUCUUUCUCUGCCGCACUGACACGGCAGAUGAGAGGCGCAGGAACCAUCGUGUUCAAUGAGGUCUUCGUCAAUGAAGAUAAUGUCUAUGAUCCCAAAACAGGUUACUUCACGGCUCCAGUGAGUGGGAAGUACUUCUUCAGCGCCAUCCUCACAGGCCAUAAAAACAUGAAGAUCGAGGCUGUAAUGUCAAAGUCCAACACGGGCGUGGCCCGAGUGGACUCAGCUGGGUAUCAGCCUGAAGGCCUGGAGAAGCCUAUGGCCGAGGCCAAACACAUCCCUGGAGCUCUGGCCGUCUUCAACAUCAUCCUGCCCAUGGAGGCAGGGGACACGGUCUGCAUUGACCUCGUCUCUGGCAAACUGGCGUUCUCCUCUGAACCGCUGACCAUCUUCAGCGGCAUGCUGCUAUAUGAGACCGUCUGAUUGGAUGUGGUCUUCAUGAGUCUCUCUGGGUGAAACUUUCAGCACGAGAGCAUCCAAUUUAUCUGCUGGACGGUCAGAGACAGAGCUGCCAGCUGAACUGGCAAAGAGACUGAUACCUGGACUGAUUGAUUCAGCAAGGACAGAAAAACUUUUUGUGCUACAGAGGAUGGAAAAAAAAAUCUUUUCAACCACAAUUUUGUGUGUUUCACAGCUUUAAGGAUAACAAUUUCUGCAGAGAGUCAUUGUGUUUUUUUAUUCCUUAACAUGCUAUCCUCAGAAAAAAGCCACUGCAGGAUUAUUUUAUAAUUUCAUAUUUCAUGCUGUUCUAGACUAAGCUUGGGCGGUAAUAUUGCAAACCUUCAUACCUUCCUGAAAUUUCACCGGGGUAUACGGUAUAUGAUGGUGUUCGUGUGCAGCGCUAACCACCCCCUGAAGGCGAAUGCUUUCAAGACUAAUAAAUACACAAUAAAAACCCACUAAAUAUGAAGAGAAGUAAUAUUCUUACAGCUAAUUGCUUUAUUAAACAGAGAAAUACAACUGUACACCUUUUCAACUCAACUUCCUCCCGGUCUCUCUCUGCCUACUGGCCGCCGGCUGUUUACAGUCCUGUAACUCUUCCCUCCACCACUAGGUAUCACUGUUUCUUUCAGCUCAGCUGCCUGUUCCACCAGUAGAGACCAUAGACUGAGCUCUGGUGGUACGUGCUGUGCACUACAUGCAAUGAGUUUACUACAGUGAUAUAAAUCCUACAGCCCACUCUGACCCCCAGUGGGAUGCCAGCCCCCCCAACCAUUUCCUAAUUCGCAAGAAAUAUAAAGUGAUUCACACUUGGAAUAGUUUUUGUACUUUAAGUAUACAUAAGGUGCCAGAGUGCAUACAACAGAAUUGAGCUUGUUUAUCAAAAAAAAGGUGCCAGGGGAGUAUCUCCUGCACUCCCGAACAGAGGUCCUAGUGAAGACCCAAAUUUCCUAAAAUCCAGAUGUCCUACAAUCCUAGAAACCUCCUAAACAUCCUAAAAAGUGAGAAACUUCCUAAA